ACUCUUGGCUAAAUUGAACACUUUUUCAUUGUUCCAUUGUUAUAACUCUACUAUUCGAGUCAGAUCCUUACCAUUUAUGACUUCGUUUUUUUUUAAAAAAAAAUUAUACUUUUUCGGUAAAAAAUAAAUUUAUCCUUUUGAGAAAUAACAAAAUGCGCAAGGGAGACUUUUCACUGGAAAUCCUCGUUGACAAUGAAGUAUUACCAGAGUACGAGGUAUCGUUAAGUGAGAAGGCUAAGUUAACUAGAUCUAGAGAAAAACAGACUAUAACAUAUAUAGAGGCUCCAUAUUAUAGUUGUCACUUUUGUAUAAGAGUGGGGGUUCAUUCUACUUUAGGUUCGAUGGUUUAUAAAGGAGUACAUUAUGUCGAUGGUCAAAAUGACGAUACAUACAUGGAACUUAACCCUUUAAGCGACGAUCCAUAUACCUAUAUAUACGGUUUUUAUAACUAUGAUAAGACGGUUUUUCACAAGUUUAAAUUCGAUACAAAUUGUUGGACUGAUGAUGAAAUUUUUGUAUCUAAUCUUCCAAAAAAGUGCACGAAAUCGUCUAAAGAUUCGGGCGUAAUUUCCGUCUAUGUAUUUACUGCAGAAAGGUUACAUGGGAAACGGUUCAUGUCGCAGAUUAGAAAUAACCAAGAAAUGAUUCCAGAAUCACCCGAUUUAGAUAAUAUCGAUCCUCGAGAUGUUAUAUGUUUGGAAAAACCACAAGAUGAACCUAUGCCAAACUUAAGAGCAACCUCCAAUAAACCCAUUGUUGAACUACAUAUUCGUUACCAAACAAAAGAAUGGUUACAAAAUGAAGGGUUUGAUUUGAUUGAAUCUCCGGAUAAUUCACGGAGGAGUAUAAUUAAAAAUAUUUUGUUCGAAGAUGAGCAAUCCCAUGAAUCUGAUGAUGAGAUAGUAACAAGUGAGCAUAGAGAAGAAAUAAUUGAUUACAGCAAAAGAGAAGUAUAUGUUAGAAUUGAAGAAAAAUAUUCACCAAAUAUUAGUGUUAAUAAUGAUGGUAAAGUAGAAAGUAUUCGCAAUUUUGAAAAUGAUGGUUCUGAUGAUUACAGAAAGGAAGAAAUAUUCGUUAGAAUUGAGGAAGAAUAUUCACCAUUAAUAACUAGUUAUAAAAAUGAUGAAGAAAUGGAAAAUAUUCGCAAUUUUGAAAAUGAAGAAGAGGAAGUAUUUGAGAGCGAGAGAUUUCAAGAGAAAGAUAAAGUUGAAAGCGAGAGUCCAAAUUAUGAGGUUAUUAGAGAGAAUUUGAACAAACAAGUAAAAAGCAAUCCACUUAAUGAAGAGGUAGCUGAGAGAAGAAAUUUUGAAAUUGAAAGUAAGAUGAUCGAACUUAUAACAGAUGGAAGUAUUAUAAACUACAGGGGAGAUGUUGAAUUAGCUGCUAAUGAAAAACUUAAUGAGAGAAUUAGAGAGAUUUCAAUUAAUGAUAAAGAAGAGGAGAAUGAAACAUCUAUUGUAAACAAAGUUGAGGGUGAAGAAAACUUGAUAGAUAUUAACCGAAAUGAGUUUGACUCAGAGUUCAUUGAUUUAACGGAAUCACCACCUAAUGAAGUAAUCGAAAUUAGCGACGAUAAUAAUGAUGAUGAAGUAAUAUUGGUCGAAACUGUUAGAAAUGUGAUUCCUAUUACUUUCAACAGGAAGAAGCAUAGAAGCAAAAAGAUAAGAUAUUAUAGCGAUUCAAGUAUUGAUUGGAAUCAUGACGAUAGCAGUAAUUAUAGUGAUUCUUCGAGUGAGGAUGAAUUUAUUUCGAUCUCAAAAAAGAGAUUAAGAACAUAAUAGAAUAAUAAUCGGUUUAGUAAGAUAAUAAAUGUGUAUUAGUUACUCUUAUAAUUUUUUAAUAGAUACAGAAUAAUUUAAUUGUAAUUUCAUUAUGUAAAUAAAUAAAAUCAUGGCGCAACAGUGUUACAAGAAAUGUCAUGUGAUAUAUGCGUUU